UUUAUAUAAAUAUUUUUAAAUACUUACAAAUUCCCGCCGGAUAAUAAUCCAGCGUAGGUGGCAUUAGUACGUUCAAAUGGAUAGAUUGGCGCGAGAAACAUGUGUGGUCGAGCAGCUUGUUCUUUAAAUCCAGAUACUUUAUGUCGUGCUUGUGAUUAUAAAGAUGCAACUGGCAAACGACGCACAACAUCAUGGACCAAAACUGACAUCGAAUAUGUUCCAUCUACUAAUAUCGGACCUAAAGAUGCUCUUCCUUGCAUUAUUUCCGGCUUGCACUUUGGUAAAGAGAACGAACAAGUUCUUUGUGCUAUGAUGUGGAGUAUGAUUCCCCCUUGGCACGAGGGCGAUUACAGAAAACAUAAUUUGUCAACGCAUAACGCGCGUCUAGAAAAUAUUAAAAAUUCCAAAUUAUACGGAACACCACUUCGCAAAGGUCAAAGAUGCAUUGUGCUUUGUGAAGGUUAUUACGAGUGGAAAGCUGGAAAAACAAAAAAAGAUUCUAAGCAACCGUAUUAUAUUUAUGCUACUCAGGAGAAAGGAGUAAGAGCAGAUGAUUCUUCGACAUGGAAAGAUGAAUGGUCUGAAGAAACUGGUUGGAAAGGAUUUAAACUUUUAAAGAUGGCAGGAAUUUUUAAUACGUUCAAAACUGAAGAAGGGAAAAUAAUAUAUAGUUGUACAAUAAUUACAACUGAAUCAAAUAGUAUUCUGUCUUGGUUACAUAAUCGUGUACCUAUUUUUUUAAACAAAGAACAAGAUUCACAGAUUUGGUUGAAUGAAAAACUGACAAUAGAUGAAGUUGUUGAUAAAUUAAAUAAAUUAACAUUAUCAGAUGGUGAUUUAAAUUGGCAUACAGUCUCAACUCUUGUAAACAAUGUAUUAUAUAAAAAUGAAGAUUGCAGAAAAGAAAAAAAAUCCAUUGAAGAAAAAAAAAAGCAACUCUAGUAGUUUUAUGGCUUCUUGGUUGAAGAAAGGGUCUGCAGAGUCAGCUAAGAGAAAAAGUACAGAAACUG